AUGGUCACGUUAAUCGAGUUUAACGUAGAACAUAAUCCAUUAGAAAGUCCACCGGCAUCGGUAUGCACAUUAGGUUUGCUACACAUUAUGCGUUAUCUUCUCGUCGAAGCGAUGAAAGAAGAGAAACGACGUGGCCUAUUAACAGAAAAUGAAAUCAAUUCCAAAUAUCGAAAUUCAUUUUCCUAUCAAGGCGCAAGACAUUUACAAUGUGGAACACGAUUACGAAAAACAGUGGUACCAUCCGAUUCAGGUUAUUUAACAACCGAAAGCAGUGAAAAAACUCUUGGCGAUGAUGAUUCUGUCAUUAGCAUGCCCGAUAAUCAAUCGCUUCGUAGUGAGCCUACCUUGAUGCUUACCCUUGCCGAUGAAUUUUCUAAAGAAUUGACCAGACAAAAGACGGAAUAUGACAAGAAGAAAUGUCAAGCGCAUCAAUUAAAAAUUCAUUUAUUGCAACAAUUAGGAGAAACGGAAACUCAAAGAGCCAAAACUCGAGAAUUAGCUCGACGUGCACAUGAUGAGAAGCUGGCAAAAAUGGAAAAACAACGUGAAGAUGCCCGAAGAAAAAUGGAGAACAGUAAAAAUAUUCAUUUGCUGAAUUUUUCGUCGAAAGAACGUCCUUGGCCGUUAACAAGACAAUUUUCCAAUGAUAAUUCAGCUGUUGGUGAUCUUCUACUGCGAACGAAUCGUGCUAUUAGCGUUGAGCCAAACGAGAUGAAAUUGAAUAAUGGACAUCACCGACAUUAUCUUAUUCAACAGAAAUCCUUGCCUAAUGGACCGACGAGUCGGUGCGAAAGUUCAACAACGAUCAACCGACAAUUCACAAGUUCAGAUACGAUUAAUCAAUUAAAAAUAUCGUCAUCGAAUGUAAAUUAUGAUCAAAUGGAUGAUUUGCAGUAUGAUCACUACGAAGAAAGUCGAGUAGCAAAAUUGAAAUAUUAUGAUGGACCGUCGUCAAAUUACGAUCAUAUAUCGAUGAAAACUUCAUCUAUGAAUAACUCAACAUUUUCUAUGCAACGACAUACGUUUCACUCAAAGGAGGAAAAUAUCCAACUGGAGCAAAUGAAAAAGAUCAUCGAAGAUCGCUUAAAAGUGACGUUACCCGAUGAUAUAGCCUAUGCAUUAAGUGACGGUGUUGUUCUCUGUCAUUUCAUCAAUCAAAUUCGACCGCGCUCUGUUCAAAGUAUUCAUGUACCUUCUCAAGCAGUGCCGAAACUUUCCAUUGCUAAAUGUCGACGAAAUGUCGAGAAUUUUAUCGAAGCUAGUCGUCGCAUUGGCGUUCCUGAGCCAUGUCUUGCUAAACUAACAGAUAUCAUCAUCGCGAAUGAUCCAAUUCAUGUGACUGAAAAACGACAAGUUGGUUUAUUUCGUUUAUUUUUAACAAUAAAUUAUCUUGAAUUAAUCUUCUUGAAUAAUCUCGAACGUUGUACAAAUCAUUUCAAUUCAUCAUUUGAUAAAGUCAUUGCUAAUUUCCUUGUUGUCUUUCUCGCUCUAGCUACUUUCUUAUUUGCUUAUUAUCACAAUUAUUUCUAA